GAGAGACUCUCCUGGCUGUCUUCUUGCACCUCUACAUAAUCUACUGUUUCUUUUAGGAGCUGGUCCUUCCACACAGAAGCAAAAGAAAUAUGAGACUACAUCACAGCCAAAGAGUGCUGAUGGUGGAAAAUCACGAUCCAGAUCAAGCAGGCAAGACAAGCGUUCACUAAAAAAGACUCCUGGCAAGACACGAUCAGUCCCAAGACCAACAGUUGAGGUUUUCUGCCGAGUAAGGCCAAUUGAAAAACCCUGUGUAGAAGUUGCUUCGGAGAAGACAGUCUUGGUUAAACGACCGUCAACUUCUUCUGCAACCAAGUACACCUUCAAACACGUGUUUGAAGGCAGUUCUACACAGGAGGAUGUUUUUCGCACAGUUGCCUUGCCCUUGGUAGAGGACCUCACACGCGGCAAAGAUGGCUUGCUCUUCACUUACUGUGGUAGUGGCAGCGGUAAAACUUUCACAAUGACUGGACACGCAGAGGAUCCAGGAAUAUUGCCGCGAUGCUUCGACAUCAUCUUCGAUAGCAUUAGCCACUGCCAAGCCAAGGAAUGUGUUUUUCGGCCUGAUGCAAAGAAUGGUUUCGACAUUCUAAGUGCUGCAGGUCCAUUGAAAACAUCAGAGAAGCAAAAGCAGUCAAAGGAAUUGAGGUUUGAUGCCAACGGCAAGACGUUUGUACAAUCCACAACGGAAGUGGAGCUGGAAUCAGUCACACAAGCGCUGGACGCACUUUCAAAAGGGGAGGAAAGAAAGCGGGUGGCUGCUACUGCGUUUAACAAACAAUCCAGUAGAAGCCACACUGUUUUCUCAAUUGGAUUGGUGCAGGCACCUCUUGACGAUCAGGGUGAAAAUAUUCUGCAAGAUAAGAAAGCUCUACGUAUCAGCCAGUUCUUAUUAGUGGAUCUGGCUGGUACAGAGAAUACUAAGAAGGCAAAGACUGCUGGCGAGACGCUUAGAGAAGGAGCUAAGAUCAACGAGUCCCUGUUGUAUCUGGGAAGGUGCUUCAGGGCAGUUGGCAGAAACCAGCAAAAGGUCCCCUACAGAGAUUCGAAAAUAACUUACCUAUUCAAAAACUUCUUUGAUGGUGAAGGGCAGGUGAAAAUGAUUGUGUGUGUGAAUCCUAGGGUUGAAGAUUAUGCGGCAACAGUCAAUGCAAUGAAAUUUGCGGAAAUGCCGCAAGGAGUUCGAAUGUCUCUCUCUACAGCCAGUGAACUCAGCAAACCGGCCUUGCCGAUGAAUGGCACAGAUCAAAAUAUUGAAGAAGAUAACGGCCUUGUGAAUCGACUUGGCUGUGGUCAAGACAGUGUCGGGGUGACCAGGGAUGUUACCUCUAGCCUCUGCUGCAUUUUAAGCGUGGUGAACAAUAUGACAGUGUCAGUGCCUCCUGUAAAUGUCUUGGCAACUAUCAAACGAAGCACAGAGGGAGGCUAAAGAGUACAAAAAGCUAUAUAGUUGUAAGGAGUGCGAAGCUGAGGCAGUUGCAGAGCAUAGCUCAAGCAAAAUAGCGACAGACGGAGGGCUAGAGGAGAACUGUGCUGCCACAUCCAGUUCAUACAACACUGUGGAACAUGUUUGUCACAGAAAUAAAUUACGGUUCUCUAGCUCUGUAGUUUGUUAAAUGAUUGCUGUGUGGUUGGCAGCAAUUGAACACUUUAACAGCUGAAGUGAUAUGAACUGUGAAUCAUCAUUCUGUAAGAUAUGGAUGAUGCCUUGUUGUAACUUGUAGAGCAGCAACCUUUUUGCAUGCCCAUUUAUGAAGACGCCUUGUCACCACUAACUCACCCUCAGUUUUCGUAAAGUGCUGUGAAAUCUGAAAGAACUUCACUCUUCAAUGAGUUUCUUUAAACACUUCAAUAAAGAGAAUUAAAUUGGUGAA